AUCACGUGAAAUUAAAAAUAAACAAAGAUUUGAUCUUCUUGCUAAUUCUCUCUCUGUCUCUCGCUCAUGAGUAUUUCAACUCCAUCAUCAACAAAGCCUCACGUCGCCACCUGCACUUUGUCUCUUUACUCUUGAGUUUCAAACGAUUCCUUUGAGAGAAGAAAAAUGUUGGGUAACUGUGAGAAGAUGUUACUCAUCUCUUCAACUAGCAACAACCAAUGGCCACAACCACAGAAUCAGAUGGAUGAGAAGACCAUGAUGGCUUCAACAGGAAUGGUUAUGGACAAACCAACCUCUCAAGAUCAAAACCAACAACAACAACAACAGCAACAAGCCCUAAAGUGUCCCCGCUGUGAUUCAUCAAACACCAAGUUCUGUUACUACAACAACUACAGUCUUUCUCAGCCCAGACAUUUUUGCAAGGCUUGUAAGCGUUAUUGGACCAGAGGUGGAACCCUAAGAAAUGUCCCAGUUGGAGGUGGGUGUAGAAAGAACAAGAGAGUCAAGAAACCAUCCUCGUCAUCAGCCACUGAUUCACCUUCUUCAUCAUCAAACCCGAAUCAUCUUCAACAAACCCAGAUCGACAUUUCUUCCAACUCAAUUUCAAACCAUGUUAAUCCUUUGUUUUAUGGCUUACCCACCAACACUUCUGAGCUCACCCUUCCAUACCCUAAUAACCCUAGGUUCAAUUCUAGGGUUUCCAAUGUUGAUACUGUUUCUGGGUUUGAUCUUCAACAGCCUCCUCCUCAAUUGAAUGAUCUUGGAUUAGGGUUUUCUUCUGGUGGUCGCAACAGCGAUUACCGAAAUGGGUUUAAUUCAAAUUCACUUCUUUCAAGCUAUUCCAUGUUUGGAUCUUCCACUUCUUCAAAUUCUCCGACAAUGGUGUCUUUGUUAGCUUCAAGCCUUCAGAAUCAGAAAAUUUUCUCCAAUGGUUUUCAGGGACUAGUACCCUAUGAAGAUCUUCAAAUGCCUGGUACUGGUGAGGCUGAUAGGGUUUUCAAGGAAGUGAAAAUGGAGGAUUGGAAUGUCCAUCGCCAGAAUCAGAUCGAUCAGAUCAGCACGUCUGAUCCUUCUGUUUAUUGGAAUGCAACAAGCAAUAUUGGUGCUUGGCUUGAUCCUUCAAAUCUUGGGUCCUCAGUCCCUUCUCUGAUCUAGCAAAAGAAAUCAAUCUUGAUAUCAUUUCUUUACUUGAUCUCCCUCUUCUUAAUCAGCUAGUUUAGUUAGCUUUCUUCUGUUGGUUUUACUUAUCUUUGAAGUGAAUUUAAUGGCCAAGGGGCGUCAUGAGCUCGAAACAUGGAAGCAACCUCUUCAUAUGCAGGAUAAGAUUGCGUAUAUCUGACUUUUUUUAGACUCUGCAGUGACAGAAGUCCCGUGUACUGAGCAAUCAUUUUUAGUCAUAGUGGGGAGGGAAUUGCCAAGAAAAACAAGAAAUUUUCGCGUGGAAGAAUCGGGGAGAGAGGAGAUUGGAUCGGAGCGAUCAUGUCAGCUGCAAAGAAUUCAGCCUGUUAUUUUUUUUAGUAUCAAAGGUUGAGAAACUCAUUUGCUCUGAGAGGAACAUCCGAUCCUCUUUGCCUCACCAACCCAGGUUUCAUCAUCAACUGCAAGGUGUUGAAGAGCUGCCUCAGAGAUCUUGGGUGCAAUUUCAUGGUCUAGUGAGUUGAUCUAGCUCCUCUUUGUAUGUAUAUAUUGCAUGACAUAUUCUAAUGUACUUUGUAUUUUUAGUGGAUUUUGUUAAUGAAUGCAUUGGUUAAUAAAUUUGAAAGAGUUGUACAUUUUUUAUAAAAAUUUCAACAGUAAAAAAUGUACAACUAUUUUAAAUUUUGUUAACGAAUGAUAUUGUUAACAAAUCCAUUUGUUAAUAGGUUGGGUUGGGGGAUGGAUAAUAGUUGUUGAAGUCCUAGAAGAAGAGGCUCUGCACUGAGCAAUCCUUUUUCUCUCUUUUUUUAUUUUAGGAUUUUUUGUUUUUUUGGACUGAGGGAAAGGGUUUGGGUAUAGUGGGAUAGAAGAGAGGGAGAUUUGUUAUUUCAAUGUGGGUGUUGUAGUUUAUUUGGCUGGUCAUGCUUAACUUUGUUAUGUCUGAUUCUAUUGAUAAGGAACUAUGGUUUUGAGGAUUGGAUUGUCUUA